AUGUUCAAGAGACUCUCCUGGACACCUACUUUCCCUCAAGCGAGUACAUCGAAUCCCUCGCCUCCACCAGAGACACGGCGACAAGACGCGGCGAGCAAUUAUCUACGGCGAGAAAAACUCCAAGCCCUGCUAGAGCGACUGUUCCCUGAUCAUCCAGGGCUGAACUUCCACAUUCGAGUAAGGAAUUUCCAGGGGUUCAAAGGGAUAUAUCUGGUAACCUUAAGUUUGGUAAAGCUCGAUGACGAAAUCUGGUCGUUUGAUGCACCACGAGAGGUGACCCGUCAGGAACUCAGAGAAGCGUCUGAUUGA